AUGCUCCCCGACAUCCUCCUUCCCGGCAUCUCCGAAACAAGGCAGGAUGACCAAGGCUCCUUUCUCUGUGGAGUGGUUGUCCCAGAGCAGCCAGGCCCUCAAGAGCACCACCGCGGGCUCUCCUCAUCAACCAUCCUCCGCGGGCCACCGGAGCAGCCCGCCGAUCCGCGGGCCGGGAGAAGCGGCAGGAGCCGGGAGCGUUUGGUGGCACCUUCCGCUGCAGGAGCAGGCGGGCGGCCGAGUGGAGCAGAGCAGUCCCCGCCAGAGGGGAGUCCCGAGCGCACGAGCCUCGAGGAGGCCGGCGGCAGGAGCGGCCGGCGGCUGCGCACGGCCUUCAGCGCCGAACAGGUCAGCACCCUGGAGAGCUCAUUCCAGCGGCAGCAGUACUUGGGGGCGGCCGAGCGCCGGAAGCUGGCCGGCAGGAUGCGACUCUCGGAGGUGCAGAUCAAGACCUGGUUCCAGAACCGCCGGAUGAAGCUUAAGCGGCAGCUGCAGGAGCUGAGGACGGAGUCUUUCUGCAGCUCCCCUCUCCCUUACGGACCUCAGAGCAGUGUUGUGCCCUUGCCGCUCACGUACAUGUCUCAGCCACCUCCUUUGUUUCGGGAAGGAGCUGCCUCCGGAGGCUUCACCUUGGCAGCACUCCCGGCACCCAGCACAGACCUCAGCAGUGCCUGCAGAGCACAGCCUGUGGGCUUUUGGGCAGCACCUUGCUUUGUCAGGUACGGGGACCCCACAGCUUUCUUGCUGGGUGUCUGAUUCCUGAUACGGACUACGACUAAGGAGGAUUUGCACUACUGACACCUAUCUGUAACUGCCUGGUGGAGUUAUGAUGCAGCAAUGAGCAAGAUAUUUUACAGAGGCAUACGGGACAAUCUGAAUCAUGGACUUCAGGCCCCAGCAUUUAUAAGCAACUGUGUA